GUGUGAAGUUGCCACGAAUGCAGAUGUGGAAUAAGAUGUGGGGAUUCAGAUUAAGAUGCACAUUGUGCCUUUGUGUGUCCCUGUUCUUCACUCUGGGCUGUGUUUCGUCGACGGCAGAGGAAGUGAAGGAGGAGGUGAAGAUUGAAGUUUUGUUCAUGCCCGAAGAGUGCAGUCAGAAAAGUAAAAGAGGGGAUAUGAUCAACGUCCACUACGACGGCUUCCUGGCUGAAGGUGGCUCUCAGUUCUACUGCAGUCGUUCAGAUAAAACCGGUCACCCUCAGUGGUUCGUGCUGGGUGUCGGACAUGUCAUCAAGGGUCUUGAUAUCGGGUUGAAAGACAUGUGUCCUGGAGAAAAACGAAAAAUAACUGUUCCACCCGGCCUGGCCUUUGGAGAAACAGGAAAAGAUCCGGUGCCGCCCAACGCCACAGUGAUCUUUGAGGUGGAGCUCUUUUCCGUGACCAGGGGGCCGCGCAGCUUGGAAGCAUUUGGAGAGAUGGACAUCGAUAAAGACCGAAGUCUCACAAAGACUGAGGUCAAAGCCUUCUUGAAAAUGGAGUAUGAAAGAGCCGGGACGACGCACGACGAACUUUUCUAUGAGAAGAUUGCGGCUGAUAUAUUCCAAAAGAAUGACCACGAUAGAGACGGACUGAUAAGUGCUCGGGAGUAUAAUAUUUAUGAGCACGAUGAGCUCUAGGCUGUGAAAUAGUUGAAUGUUUGUCCUUUUUUGUAAUUCAUUUAGCUCAAAGAUACAAGUGUUCUUCCGCUGUUAGACGUUAGUUUAUAAGUUUCAGUGUCGUG